ACAAGCCGGCGUCUGCACAAUGAAAAGUUCGAGGAACGAGGAUCUUGUUCCUGAAUCAUCCAUGAACCGGGCCCUCAACCACACCCAGCACGGUUCACCACUCGCACCCAAGAUUUGAAGCGGCCACCACCACCACCACCAUCACGACUCCGAGACAAAACCAAACCUCACUUCAUUCUACUAGCAAACAGCCGCUUGACCAUUCCCAUCAAACCCUCGACCUCAAAACGAACGCCCAUCAUCAUCCUAAAUUCCUAGCCAUCCUCAAAGCAUCAGAGGAAAACAUCCUUACACUCGCUCACUCGGCCUCGUUCAUGGAUGUCCGGCGGUACACUCGCUCGCCAAGCUCAGAUCAGGAUCUCGUUCCUGAGAAGGUCCAGACCGGGCGCUUGAACGCUGAUCCAUCCCAUCACAUCAAAUCCCAUCCAUCACAAGCUUCAUAUCACAUUUCCAAGAAACAAAUUUUAUUUUAUCUCAACAACGGUGGUGAUGAUCUACUCAAGAAAUCUCCUAAGGUACCAUUUCCCCGACGUUGUCUAGCUACACGAUACCGGUUCAUGAACUGCCAAGGGGGUUUCACACGAGACGAACAUCGAACGGAACGAACCCAACCCAUGAUCCCAUGCUCAUCUGAAAGCUUGAAUUCAUUCAUUCAUCACAUCAUCCAGUCCUCGUUUCACAUCUCCUUACAUCCCCGAAACCUCAAUCCCGAGAACAACAGCCACCUUCCAGAAGAAAGUCAUCAUCGUCCCAUAUCUGCGCUGCGCUGCGCCUUCCACCACAUGCACAGCGCAUCGUAUCGUACGUCGUGUAACACACCCACUGAACCACUGAACCACAACCACUGUACUUCUAUCUCAUGACAAGUUUCACAUUCUCCAAGGACGGAGAGAAAAAGAGAGAGAAAUAUAUUAUCCCCGCACAACACUAUAAAAUAUAUUAAACACCACAGAAAAAAACGAACGGAGGUAUACUGAGCGAGCGACGACGGAGGCCAUACAAUUAAAAAUGCCAGUGAGAGGUCUUUCGCCCGAAAUUCGACAUCUGCGCUGCAGCUC